GUGAACGCGCGCGUGUGAUGAUCAUUUUGGCGUGCGAAAAAGAAAUUAUAAAUAUCAACUAAUGACAACAAUAAGAAAUAGUAUAAUAGAUGAAAUUCAAUGAGACAAAACAAAUAUCAGAGCGGUCAAAGGUUGAAGCGCGUUGCCGGAAAAAUUUGCGAAUGACAUUGUAGCAGCUAAUGAGGAAUUUGUUUUAAUGCUGAAACAAAAAUUCAUACAAAACGAAAACGCGCAAUUUGCUUAUCAACCGUGGCGAUCUACCCAAGAGACUGCACAGCGGAAAAAAUCGCCUAAUCAUCGACUCUAAAAUAACAAUAAACCGAAAGGUGCGGCUGCUGUGAGGAGAAAUUUAGAAAGCCGGAAGAAAAAGUAAAAACAAUUCAGUAUUUGAAACGUUUUUGCAAAAUAAAGACUCUUAUCGCCAAAGAAAUUUCCACAAAGUGUAACUGUCAGCAACAGAUAAACACAGACAAAUAAGAAAAACUUAAGAAGUGAAUAAACAUUUUGAAGAGAUUUUGAAAACCCUAGUGCCAGAACUAGUGAAGUGAAAAGAAAUAUCCGUAAGAAAUCUGAGUUGUCAGAAAGCUCAUCGCCGUACUUAAAAAAGCUGCUCACAUUUGUGGUACAAAUUCUGGGCGCUACAAGGCGCACGCCCCCGAUCACUACGCAAUCCCUUCGCAACUCAACGUCGUCAAUUGCGACACUUCCGCCAUCCACUACCGCUCACCUCGCUAACAUGCGCGCCUUCCAACGCGGCUUCUUCUGCGCCGAUCUCUCGCUGCGCUAUCCCUAUCGCGAGUGCACGAUCACCGUAUCCAUGCUGCUGAUCUACACAGUACUCCUUCCCAUGCUCUUCAUCAGCGUCGUUGAAAUAAUGCGCAUCUGCAAGUGUUUUCGAUUGCGCAAGUACAUUACCAACCUGGCGCGCAGUUUGGCGACCUUCAGUUACGGUUUCAUCGCCACCUAUCUGACCACAGAGUUGGGCAAAAAUGUGGUGGGCCGCCUGCGUCCACACUUCUACACCGCCUGCCAGCCGCGCUUGGCCGACGGCAGCUCCUGCGAGAGUGCCUACCAGCAGCUAGUGGGCGGCGGCGUCUACGUUGAACACUACUAUUGCUCCAAUCGCAAUUUGAGCGCGCGUCAGCUGCGCGAACUGCACGUGUCGUUCCCGAGCGCACACUCUUCGCUCGCCUUCUACGCCAUGUUGCUGCUAUGUUUCUAUUUGCACGCGGUGUGGCAUGGACGUGGCACUACGCGCGUACUACGUCACAUACUACAGUUCCUGUUGCUGUUGGUGGGCUGUUAUAUCGCGCUAAGCCGCGUACGCGACUACUGGCAUCACUGGUCGGACGUGCUGGCAGGCGCGUUGUUGGGACUUGUGUACGCCGUCUUGACAGCGGUCUAUGUAGGGCGCAUGCUGCGUGCGAACUUUGCGGAAGCGUGUACGACACCGAAGCAUAAGAAACAUCAGGCGCAGCAGCAGUACAAGGUGACAAACCAACAACAGCGCCCGCAUGCGCACCACCAUCCACUCGCGUCAUCACAUCAACACCUGACGCCGCAUGAUGCGCGCAGUCGCAUGCUAUUAGUGGCGGCUAGUGGCAGUGUUACCAACUUGCAGCAGCAACAAUUGCUGGCAACAGCGCACGAGGAGCACGAGAAGCACGAAAAACAACAGUUGCACGAACAAGUGAAGGAGCAUUUAAUGGAGCGCGGCAGCAUAGGCGGCGGCGGUGGCGGGGACUGUGAAUGGAAACUGCAGGCGGUUGUUUUGCCAACGUAAUUGCAAACAAUGCGAAGCGCCGUGGUGGAGGGAGCGUGCAUUGUGGCACGCGGGAAUGAGGACGGAGAAGCGAAACUGCGAAAUUGAUGGCGGAACAAAUCUGUAAACACAUUACAUGUCGGCAAGCAUUGUGAUAAGAGUGACGAAGAAAAACGCCCCCUUUUUGCACGCGGCUAAAUGUGCAAAAAAAAACGGUGAGGCAGCAGAAGCGUGGCUAAAGUGAGAGUGGAAUUAUGAGAGUUUUUAAAACUAAUGUGGUGUAAAAGAGCGGAUUUCUAUUGGAAAAUGCGCCAACGAUAAUUGAAAAAAAAUUAGAGAAUCAUGAGGGGGUCAGGACCCCUUCCUAGAAAAAAGAGGCUUUUAAACAUGUAUACGUAGGCUGAGCAGCAAAAUAUUGAUAUUUUUCAAAAAUGACUCUGCGACCCCCUUGAAUCCCCCUACACUACGCCCAUGUUCGCUGACGCAAAUGAAGUCUGCAUGCGAGUAACACUAAAGCACAUAUGAUAUUUGCAACAAAAGCACCAAACAAAAACAACAAAAGCUAAGCAGCCUUCAAUAACCGUACAUAAUUACGGGCCAAGCAGCCAACCAACCAUCCAGCCGAAAAAAGUGUUUUUAAGUAAAAAGGCAAAAAAUUCACCAUUGACUAUUAUUGUGCAACAAAAAGUGGCCAAAUCUGAAAGCACCAAAAAGGCAUUGCAAUUUCCUCAGCUGCAGUGGCGUCCGCAGUGUUUCAAGCACACAUGUAUGUACAUGUGUAUUUAAGUAGGUUCGGCUUGAUAUGGCAACAUCAGCCAGCGUGACAGCGCCAGAGCAAGUAGCCAGUAGCGACAGCGGCCGCGUGCCUUUGCUCUGAAAAGUUGCAUGCCGCGUACGAACGCAACAACAGCAGGCGCGAGUUGACGUGUGAGUGAGUCACCAGCAACCGAGCUUGGAAAUACGUAUGUAUGUAUAUUUAUAUAAGGAGCAUAUAUCUACUAAAAAAUAUAUGUAUGUACAUAUAUGCAUAUGUAAAUAUGUAAAUAUGUGUAUAAAUGGGAGUGUGUUGGCGCUGUUGGAGUUUGUUCCCCUUUGGCUGAGCUGUGGUGCAACAACCAAAACAGCAACUAGGAAAAAAACAGCAGCUACUUACAGCACAAAAAAAAAAAUAAAAAAUUAAGAAAAUUACAAAAAACAAAAAGCAAUAAGAAACAAUAGUAACAGCAGCCAUAACAACAACGAUAUCAGUUAAAGUAGCAGAGAAGAAAAAAGUCAGAAAAACAGCGUCAGCGUUCAACGGCAACGAAAAUAAUAAAAGAAAAGCAUAGCUUUGUAAUAGUUAAUAUAUUUAUAUGAAUGUCUGUUUGUAAACCUAUCUCUCUGUAUGUAAAUACAUAUGUAAAGAAAAUGUAGUAUGCAUAAAAUAUUGUAAAACAUAAAAAUGAGGCAGCUGCCAAAGAGCAGUUUCAAUAUGUUAGUAAUGCAUUCCUUAGUUUGUACAAUUUUUUGUAUGUAUGUAUGUUGUAUGUCGUUUAAUGUAUGAAUGUAUUUAACUGACACUUUGCGUCUAUAUUUUAAGCAAUUCAUUGUGUACCCAGUGCACUAACACUGCGACCGAUCAAUCAAUCGUUCCAUCAACUCGGACAUAUAAAUUUAAAUGAAUUAUAUCCUCAUAAUUUAUACGCUAAACUACUUAAGUACCUUGGUUUCCUGCUAUUACUAGUUAGCUAGUAUACAUACAUAUGUAUAUACAUAAGUAGUUAGAUAUGGAAAUGUGUAUAUAUGAAGGUAUAAAAGUUAACGGAGACAUAACUUACAUACAUUUAAGUAGUUCAGCAUA